AUGUCUUCUAUUUCCGAUGAGGUCGCUGCCGACUUCAAAGACGCCCUGCAAGACUUGAAAGUCAAUAGUAGACCUGAGAUUAGCAAUCUAACCCUCAUCGCGAAAGAGAACACAGAGCAUGCACAGGCGAUAUCAACUGUACUAGAGAACCACAUUCGAACCGCUCGCCCGGAAUGGAGACUCCCAUCUCUAUACGUGCUAGACUCGAUCGUCAAGAACAUUGGUACACCUUAUACAGUCUAUCUUGGUCGCGGCCUGUAUAAGACCUUCAUGGAAGCGUACUCGAAAGUGGACCAGCCCACCCGAAAGGCAAUGGAAGGCCUACUCCGGACUUGGAAGCAGCCCGUUCCUGAGUCGAUGGAUUCUCGUCCAGUCUUUCCUCCUGAGAUGACUAGUGACAUAGAAAACGCGCUUAACAAGAUGCGUUCUGUGCAGGCUCAAAUGCAGUCCCAGCGCCAGGUGCAUGCCUUACCUGCGAGGCCCGCAAUGGCUGCCGCUUGGAGGGACACACCAACUCCGCCGCAGAACGGUGCCCACUUCGGCGCACCGCCUGACCCUCGAGCUCGACAGGUCCCAGGCCAACAACAGUAUGGACAAUUUCCACAACCGACGCCGACGCCAGAUCAAUUUGUUCAGCCGCAGCCGUUCCCGCAACCUAUGGGUUCUGUUGAUCUGAACGAACUAAAAGAGGAGGUUGGCAAACUCAUUGCCAGCGCUCAGCAAGCCUUUGCAUGUAAUCUUGCGGACACUAGCUUGCAGCAAAGGCUGAACGCUCUCCUCGCGCUGAAAAAGAUGCUUGACACGCAGACUCUGCCGCCACAGUCACUCGAGGCCGUUCGCAACCAGCUUCGAGCAAUAGCGCCUCUGCCUGCACCUACGCCGGUGCAAAUGUCUGCCUUCGUCCCUCCUGCAUCAGUACCGCCGACUGUAUCCAUACCGCAGCAACCGGCGACGCCUACCUUUCAGCCUCCUGCGAGCGCUCCGCCCGUGAACCUUGCGCAGAUGCUCGCACACUUUCGACCAGGCGCUCCCGCUGUCACAAAUCCGUCUCCCGCUCCCGCGCCAGCAACACCUAAUCUAGCAGAUUUGAUAGCACGCUUGUCCACCCCACCGCAAACAUCGUCUACGCCAAAUGCAGUGCCAUUCUAUCCUCCACCAUUUCCAGCGCCCACCGCAAUGUCGACUCCGGUCCCUGCGCCUGCUCCAGCGCCAGCACCCGCGCCCCCAGCUGCGCCUGCCCCAGCUAAUCUUGCACAACUCUUGGCGAGCUUCAACAAGCCAUCUGCAGCGACUCCGGCAGCUCCAACACCACCUCCAUUCAAUCCCGCUCUUCCUGCCGCGAUCCCAAGUCUCAGUCAAUUGCUGUCGCAGUCUGCUGGUGCUCCCGUUGCACCGCCGCCUAACAAUGCGUCAUGGCUUCUGAAUGCCCUGAACGGAUUGCCCAACGCUGGCACACCCUCAAAUGCUACGCCUCUCGCCUCUGAGCCUAUGACACGACAAUCCUCUGCACCAGUUAAUGUCCUCAACGAAGUUGAACUGACAACUGCAUCGAUGAAGCAACCGCGUUUGCAUCUGAUCUCCCGGUUGUACGACGCAAAGCCCAAUAUCUGCACCACGUGUGGACGACGGUUCGAGGCGACAGCCCAGGGUAGAGAGAAGAAGGCUCGUCACAUGGACUGGCAUUUCAAGAUGAAGGACCCAGAUGCUGCGAAGCGUGGUAUUCAUCGGAGCUGGUAUUUCACGGAGAAGUUCAAGGAAUGGAUUGAGUAUCGCGAGGUCGAUGAGACGGCUCCCGACGACUCGACUAACGGCCAUUCGGGGGCGGCUGGGAGAGUCAAGAAGCAGGCGAAAGACCGAUACGUCCUUGUCCCACAAGACGUUACGCUCGCCCACGCGCCAUGCCCGAUCUGCCAGGAGAACUUCGAGCCGCAAUGGUCCAAGGACGCGAACGAUUUUGUGUGGAUGGACGCCAUCAAGGUUGGCGGCAAGAUCUAUCAUGCGACCUGCUGGGAGGAAUACAGCAAGGGCGCUGGCAUCGCCAUGCCGAGCACUCCAGAUUCUGUGCUUGGAAAGCGCACGGCAGAGACGGGCACACCCGCGUCUGGCAAGAAGCUGCGCGCUUAUUGA